GUUUGUUCUAAUAUUAAUGACUGCUGAGGAGACGGCGGCGCAUCUAUGUGGUCCGCCUGACACUUGAUCGAGGGGAGAGAUGCGCCCUAAACAGCCGCUGUAGAGACUGGAAAGGGAAGGGCAACCGGAACGCGUGAAUCUUUCUUCGUACUUUAGCCAACAAAGCUGCGGGUUUUUUGGGACUUGGCGGUUUUGAUCUCCCCUCAUGCAGAAGCUCGUGUGCAUUUUCCCCAUUGGAAGAUAAACCAGAACUGAUUUCGCGUCAACUGCGUGAAAAUAAGAAGACCACACAUUGUUGACUGGCUUUAUGUUGUGCGCUGGGGCUCUUACUCGGCACCGGAGCGGCGCACUUGAUGGGAAUAGACGUCACAUACAGCUUCGAUGAUGAUUACAUCGGGUAGGAAUGGACUGGGCUGUGGACUCUGGAAGCUGGUAAAGACAAUCAAUGAGGAUAACCUGCAUUAAAGAAAAAGCAGAUUUUUCCAUGGAUACCUUUAAUAAAUCCUUCGAGGUGUAAAAUCAGUCCAUACUUUUUUCUUUUUUCUCCCUCCUUCCACCUUUUUUGACUGCAACCUUGGCCUCGAACCCUGACACCAGCACGCAGCGUUGAGUGAUCGACCGUUACAUUCAAGGGCGUCCACGCAGCAAGACAAAAACACCCAAGGGAACCCUGUGGUGUUGGUGGUGGUGGCAGGGGCUGCAGCAGUGGUGGUGGCAGGGGCGGUGAGUCAGUCGCCUCAGCAGCUGCAGCAAAUGAUUCAUUAUUUGUGAAGUUAACAGCUCUGACCACUUAAUCUACAAGGACCAAUUUCUAACUGGAGGGAAUCGGUCCAAUAUGAAGGACGUAUCAUUUGUGGAUCGUCUCUUUGUUGGCUUGGCCAUGGCCUCUUUCGUCGUGGCCACCGAGGUGAGGCCUGACUGUCCAAAGCUCUGUGCAUGCGAGAUUAGACCCUGGUUUUCUCCCAGUUCGGUUUACAUGGAGGCGCAGACAGUUGACUGUAAUGACGUGGGACUCUUUAGUCUCCCUGAGAAAUUACCGGUGGGCACGCAAGUACUAUUACUGCAAACAAACAACGUCGCCAAAAUUGACAAACCCUUGGAUUACCUGGCCAAUAUCACAGAGAUUGAUUUAUCGCAAAACAACUUAUCCUCCAUCAGCGACAUCCAUCUGGGGAACCUUCCUCAGCUGCUGUCCCUGCAUUUGGAGGAGAACUGGAUACGAGAGUUACCUGAACAGUGUUUGUCAGAGGUGGCUAACCUUCAGGAGCUCUACAUGAAUCACAAUCUCAUCUCAUCAAUUUCCCCGGUGGCUUUCCAGGGUCUCAGCAGCCUUGAGCGGCUCCACCUCAAUUCAAACAAGCUGAAGGUUAUCAAGAGAGAGUGGUUCGAACCCAUGCCGAACCUGGAGAUCCUAAUGAUUGGUGAGAAUCCAGUUCUGUCUAUUGAUGAUAUGAACUUCAAACCUCUCAGUAACCUUCGCAGUCUCGUUCUCACCAGAAUGAACUUGUCUCAGCUUCCUGAUGAUGCACUGGCCGGUCUCGAUAACUUGGAGAGUAUCUCUUUCUAUGAUAAUAUCUUCCCUGAGGUGCCUCACUCUGCCCUGAGAAAUGUCAAAAAUCUCAAGUUUUUGGAUCUAAAUAAAAACCCAAUUGCGAGGAUACAGAGAGGGGACUUUGUGGAUAUGCUCCAUCUUAAAGAACUGGGGAUUAAUAGCAUGCCAGAGCUAGUUUCCAUUGACAGCUUUGCCCUUAAUAACCUCCCUGAGCUCACCAAAAUAGAAGCCACCAACAACCCUAAACUCUCUUAUAUCCAUCCUAAUGCUUUCUACAAACUGCCAAGGCUGGAAACCCUCAUGCUAAAUGGCAACGCUCUCAGUGCCCUCCACAGGAUUACUGUCGAAUCUCUCCCAAAUCUCAGAGAGGUUAGCAUGCACAGCAACCCCAUCCGCUGUGACUGUGUGGUUCGCUGGAUGAACAUGAACAAGACCAACAUUCGCUUCAUGGAGCCUGAUUCGCUGUACUGCGUAGAGCCUCCGGAGUACGAGGGCCAGCAUGUCCGACAGGUGCACUUCAGGGAGAUGAUGGAGAUCUGUCUGCCGCUGAUAUCUCCCGAAAGCAUGCCGGGGCAUAUUAAAGCACAGAACGGGAGCUCCUUGUCACUCCAUUGUCGGGCCUUCGCUGAACCAGAACCGGACAUUUACUGGAUCACGCCAUCUGGCACCAGGGUCCUGCCAAACACCGUGUCCGACAAGUUCUACAUGCACCCGGAGGGAACGUUUGACAUCUAUGAUAUAACAGAAAACGAGGCUGGUCUUUACACCUGUGUUGCUCAUAAUCUGGUCGGAGCUGACCUUAAAUCUGUUUCCGUAGAAGUGAAUGGAUAUUUUCCCCAACCUGCAAACGGGUCUCUGAAUGUUGUCGUCAAAACCGUGGAGACGCACUCCAUUCUGGUUUCCUGGAAGGCUGGCCCAGGCACCUUGGCCCCCAACAUUAAAUGGUACACCUCAUCAGAAGCUAAUCAUCCCACCACGGCGUUCACCACCAGGGUUCCCUCUGACGUCCAGGUCUACAACCUCACCCAUCUCAGCCCUGCCACUCAGUAUAAAGUGUGUGUGGAUAUCCGCAGCAUCCACUACAACCACGACACCAAAUGCGUCAAUGUCACAACUAAGGGAUUAGAGCUGGCAGCCAAGGACACAGAAAAAUGGGAUGCGGCAGUAAUCACUGUCUUUGGUGUGCUCUUGGCUGUGAUUUCAGUGGCUUGCCUGCUUAUUUAUGUGUCUCUGAGGAACCACCACCUUUAUGGGGAUAUAAGGAAAUGCGACUCCAAAGCUUCUCUGACGCCAGUGGAAGCUACCGGUAUGCACUCUUCUUUCUUUACAAAGCUGUGGGUUUCGGGUAAGGGACUGCCGAGCGGAGUGGAAGUGAGAGCCACAGUCAUAAAUGUAUCUGACAAUGCAUUUUAAGAAGCGCAGCUUUGUAGAGCACCACACACCAACUACAGUGAAUGGACAAGGCCACGGGCAGGGGCGGACGAUGUUGUACUGUUUCAAAGGCAUACGCAUUCCUGGCCCCCAGCUCACAUACACUGGCAACACUAUUAUUGGACUGGGAGCAGUUUAAAAUAGACUACAUGCUAUCCCAGUUUCAACCCUAGUUGAAGUGAUGGCUUUGUAACCGUUCCAUCAAACCAAGCUAACAUCAACAGGAGAAGGGGUAUUUACUGCAAAAUGAUAUAUUUCAGUACCAUUCAUACAGAGAUGCAGGCAGAGAAAAGAAAGUGAAGAUGGUGAUGAUGAUGAUGAUGAUGAUGAUGAUGGUCAACUCUCUUGUAAUUGACUGUUAAAUGUGUUCAGAGUUGUGGAACUGUCUGUGUGGUCCCAAGCAAUACCGUCUGUGCUUUGUUAAACAUCCAUAGACGAGUUAGAGAUCCAGUAAUAACACCUGUCUAUUAUGGGAAGGGAGAUUUAGUAGAGUAGACAAAUAACAGUGACUAUGGUGUAAGCCUUUUGAUGAAAUAUACCCCCCUUUUUCUAUUUAAAAAUGGAUUCUUGAUUUUUCAUGGAAAUAUUGUUAUAUAUUCUAUUAUGUUGAUGUAAUGAAAAAUCCUCUGUAUGUGAACAGUUUAAAUGGAUUUUAAAUUAAGGCAAGGAGCAGACUACUUUUGAUUACAACGUCACAUUAAGCUUAAUGAAAUUCAGCAACAAAAUGGGUACCCAGAGAGGAGGUUUGCCAAAUGGCUGUUUAUGCUUUGUAGUUCUCAUUGCAACGGUGACUGGGAAAUAAUGCGGACACAUUGGACUAAAGCAAACACGGUUGAUUAAAACUGAGGUGAGCGAUGUGUUAUCUCCUCGAGAAGUGGUUUGUUAUGCCCUGGUAAGUGCCUACAACAAGAACUACAUGAGGUAAACAGAAAAGAAACAGAGGAACUCCGUCAGCCACAGCAGAACAUGGUCAUGUCAUCAUCGCAGAAUCACAAGCUAUUCUCCAGUACUUUUAGUGGAAAUACUUUCUCAGUAUUUUUAGCAUACAUAUUUUAAGAAAAAAACAUUUCGUUGUUGCUUUGGGUGUAAAGUUAAAAAGCCAUUUUUAUAUUAACUGUAUUAUAUGUGAUCAAUGGGCACAACAGACUAAUUAAGAAAAGCGCUGAGAAAAAAAUAAAUGUCAUUGUUUCUUUUACAAACAA